AUGAACUCGACGAAGAGGAAGUUCAAUAACCUACUCCAGGGCCUCAGUCGCUCUUCGAGUGAUCGCCAAAAUGCCGACGCGACAACUUCACGGCCCCCGGGGACUCCACAGAAAACGAGUGACGUCGAGAGCUUUCUCGACAAACGGCGCAGGCUAGGUCUCCCUCUAUCCAACUCUCCCGUUCAGAGCAAUCCCCCGACGCCAGGCAAAGCAGGAUCGCCUUCCUCGACCGUUGGAACGAGCCCGCGACGAACCGAAUCGAAACGAGAGCCCGAAAAACCGCUGGCCAAGUACUGCCCGGGUGACCGCAGUGAACUCCUCCGACGGCUGGCUACUUUCCAAGAGCUCACAGAUUGGACAUUCAAACCCGAUAGAGUGAGCGAAAUCGAAUGGGCAAAACGGGGUUGGUUUUGCAAGGGCAAGGAAACCGUGCGAUGUGUGCUGUGUCACAAGGAGCUCGUCGUCAAACUCAACAGAAAAAACGUCGACGGAAAAGAAGUCCCCGUGCUCGUUUCCUCGGAUAUCGAGGAAGGUCUUAUUGAAAAGUACGAGGAGCUAAUUGUCAGCGCGCAUUUUGACGAUUGUCUCUGGCGAAAACGGGGCUCGGAAAGUUCUCUCCUUCGUCUUCCACUAUCUAGUACGGCCAGCGCCCUCGAGGAACUCCGAGUCCGAUACGAUGAAUUAUGUUCACGUGAAUCCUUCCUACCGUACGAAUUCAACAUACGACUCCCGGAAGGCUUAGAUCUGAGUGACGUACUGGCCAGUCUACCUCCAGACUUCUUCAAAAAUGGCCAACAAGCCUCUAUCAAAACACCGAAUCGGCCAGCGUUAGCAUUGGCCCUGUUAGGGUGGCAAGGGUUAUCAAAUUCACGCAUUGGCCCAGUGCCAAACUCAGCCUCUUGUCAAACUUGCCUAAGGCGCCUAGGUCUGUGGAUGUUCAAGAGUAAGGAAGUGAAUGAGGACGGCGAAGUCUUGGUCCCCGCACCGAUGGAUCAUCUCGACCCUGUUCGCGAACAUCGUUUCUUCUGUCCAUGGAAGAACCAGGACACCCAGAAACGAUCCAACGCAAAGGCCUCGGAGGGUGAGGCUCUGCCCGGCUGGAAGACUCUGCUUCAGACUAUCAAGAAUGAGUCGAAUCUACGAGAUCUGUACGCAGGCCGGUCAAAGAGUCGGCCCAAGUCGAUACAAGCUCCCAGCAACCCCUCCACGCCUGUACGACGGCCGCAUGCUAACCCAGCCACACCGGUUGCUGGGGACGCUUCGGCAGUCAACGAUUCACCUCGCUUCGCUUCCCAGCUAGACACUGAGGAAUAUGACGAAAAGGCGCAGGAUGAGGAGGAUAACGCUCGCUGGGCGAGACUCAAGAAAGUGAAGACUCUAUUUGACAUUAAAGGAGCAAGGAAGCGGAUGUCGAUCAGCCGUCCGGGCACAAGUCAUUCAACCGCUACGACAGGCGAUGGGAAAUAA